CUCAUUUUUCUCAUCGAUAGAGGAAAUAUAAUGGAAGACGAGGAGAGGGAGGCAAGGAGGAGGAUUAUUGUUGUUCAUAUAUAUCACCAAGGCCAAUCGGAGAAGAAGAUACAAAAACAUUCCAAACGCGGCCUUAAUCGUCCGAUCUCCCUGAAAGACAUCAACGAUUGUGUGAUAUCGUCGGAGAACGUGCGGCUGGGAUGUUCAAUAACGAUCGCGCUUGUGGUGGUCGCGUCUCACAUGAGUGUGACCCCUCACGGCGGCAUGGCAAAAUCUAACAGCGUCAUCGCCUCCAGGCCGCUGUACGUACUCAUCCUAACGGACGUCACUGUUGUGGUGGCUCGUCUGCUGAUUCCGACGCCGAAAGAAGCCGAAGAAAAGGGAGAAGAAGGCGACGACGAGUGGAGAGGAGCAUUUGUAUUUCUGGAAAUUGGGUUGGUUAUUUAUCAGGCAUUUCGGGCUCUCUUCAUUGACUGCAGCUUUUAUCUGGUUCUUGUUUUAUGUCUUCUUUCUUUCUUGUAGUUUAGGGUGGAGAAUUUUUUCCACCUGUGUAGCGGAGAGAUAUUUUUUUGGUAGUACAGGGCUCUGUGGUAUUUUUUUAUUCAAUUUUUUUUGUAGUAUAGCCGUAUAGGUGUGUGCGGUAAUUUUUUAUUCAAUUUUUUUAUUAAUA